CACCAACCAAGCGCACACAGUUCGGUCAUCGAAGUGAUGGGAGAUUGGAUUUCCGAGGUUUUUGAAUUUGACACUUCUCAAUAUGGAAACCUUUACGGAUCUUGAUCAUGAGCAGUACUUAAGGAAUAUUCCAAGGGGAUAUGUCACGUAUAUCCUAGGAGUUGCAUUCCUCUAUCUACUAUACAGGUGGUCGAUAUCUACGGAUAUUCCGUAUAUAAAAGGAAUACCGGAAGUCCCAGGAGCAUUGCCCAUCUUUGGCCACCUUUUAACCCUUGGUGACGACCAUGCAACUUGGUGCGAGAAAAAAUGGAGAGAGUACGGCUGGUCUGUCUUCCAGAUCCGCUUAGGAAACACCCGUGCAGUGGUCGUAAAUUCGUUCGACGACUGCCGCAAGAUGCUGAUCGGUCACCAAUCAGCCUUAAUCGAUCGGCCAACGCUAUACACGUUCCACGGCGUUAUCAGCUCUACUCAAGGCUUCACCAUCGGUUCUUCUCCUUGGGAUGACAGCUGCAAGAACAAGAGAAAGGCUGCUGGAGCCGCACUGGGACGACCGGCCUUAGGACGCUAUCAUCCCAUGUUCGACCUGGAGAGUUACUGCAUCGUCCGAGACCUGCAUCGGGAUAGUAAGAAUGGAGCACUUGAGCUGAAUAUCAGGCCAUUUAUUCAGCGCUAUGCUCUCAACACAACCUUGACUCUUUGUUAUGGCAUUCGUAUGGAUGAAGUCUAUGACGAACUGCUCCGCGAGAUCUUGUAUGUUGGAUCAGCAAUUUCACUUCUCCGGUCCGCGUCUGAAAACUACCAAGACUACAUCCCUAUUCUGCGAUAUGUGCCCAACAACAAGAAGAAUUCACGUUCGAAGGAGUUGAGAUCCCGGAGAGAUAAUUAUCUCAAUCUUCUUCUCGACAAGGUCCGCGCCAUGAUCCGUCAGGGAACAGAUAAGCCCUGCAUUUCAGGAGCGAUCCUAAAAGACGAAGAGACGAAACUAACCGGAGUCGAGGUCAGUUCGAUUUGUUUGUCACUGGUCUCUGGCGGGUUUGAAACUAUCCCGGGUACUCUUACAUCUUGCCUUGGCUCCCUUUCCACUCCGGAGGGCCAGGUCUGGCAGGACCGUGCAUACGAAGACAUCAAACGAUUCUACCCAGACAUCAAGCAGGCUUGGACAAGUAGCUACCAGGAAGAGAAGAUUCCCUAUAUCAACGCCAUCAUCAAGGAAGCUGGAAGAUUUUAUACCGUCAGCGCUAUGAGUCUUCCCAGGAAAACAGUCACGGAGGUAAACUGGAACGGCGCUAUCAUUCCACCCAAGACCAUGAUCUUAAUCAACGCGCAGGCUGGUAAUCACGACGUAGAUCACUUCGGUCCCGACGCUGCCAAAUUUGAUCCUGAGAGAUGGCUCUCAUCCAUCGAUCCGCCCACUGAGAAACCUUCCGUAGGCCUUAACCAUCUCAGUUUUGGCGCUGGUUCACGCGCCUGCUCCGGACAGCUCAUCGCCCAACGCCUCCUCUACACCGCGCUCAUACGUAUUCUCUCCUCCUACAAGAUCGUGGCCAGUGAGACGGAGCCACCGAAUACGGAUUAUGUCGAGUAUAACCAAUUCAAAACAGCGCUGGUGGCCAUCCCGAAGGAUUUUAAGGUUAAGUUGAUUCCAAGAGACACUGCGGUCACGGAGGAAUGUUUGAGAGAGGCGAAGUUGAGAACAGCGGAUCAUUAUAAGGAGUAGUGCAGUGGUCGAUAAACGAACAAUCCUUUUUUUCCCAGACUUAAAUAUCAAACAUUAUCCCCCAUUCGAAUUUAACCUUCUUGCUUAUGUUUCUACCUGAAGUCCAGAGAGCUAGAGCAUCCAAAGCAAAUCCCCAGAGACUCAUAUUCUAGUCUUAAUCUGAAUUGAACUUACA